AACUUAUAUAUCGUGCAAUCUAAUAUCGUUUACGUUAACGGACUGCGACCUACGGAAGUAUCGAAGGCAAACAUCAGAAUCGACCAGUUUCGCAAGAUCUUCCGCCGCGACGAUCUACUGAUUUUCAAGGUGGUGCAAUUUGUGAUUUGAAAAACAAAUUAGGAUGCCGACGUGUGCCUGCCAGAACAAGACUCUGGACGAGUCGGAGGAGCACGUUUGCUCGCUAAAGCUACCUAUGGAGAAGGACAAGGUCAUGGAACCCAAAGAAUACGUCAAUCCGGUUAGGUACAGCGAUGGCUCUGUACGAUUGCGAAACCCCAAUAUCGAACUCAUGGAUCAAGACAUAUUGUACCAUCUCGCACUCGGCAGCGGUUCCCACGAUCUGGUUGAGAUGUUUGGUGACGUCAAGUUCGUCUGCAUGGGCGGAACACCGAAAAGGAUGGAACACUUCGCUAACUACAUCAUGCAGGAGAUAGGUCACAAGCUACCAGCAGGCACGACCCUCCUCGAUAUCACCAAAAAUUCCUAUCGCUAUUCAAUGUAUAAAGUCGGCCCGGUCCUCUCUAUCAGCCAUGGAAUGGGUAUACCUUCUGUAAGCAUUCUGCUCCAUGAAGUUAUCAAGCUGAUGUACCAUGCAAAAGUAAAGGAUCCGAUUUUCAUCAGGAUUGGCACUUGCGGUGGUAUCGGUUAUGAAGGUGGUACGGUAAUCAUCUCGGAAGAAGCUCUUGAUGAAAUGAUGAAACCUUAUAUGGAAUUGAUGGUACUUGGAAAACUGGUACGCCGACCAGCCAAACUCGACAGACAACUGGCUCGUGAUCUAAAGGGUUUGGCCCAUCGCGAUGAUCCCUACGACACCGUGAUCGGCAAGACCAUGUGCUCAAACGACUUCUAUGAGGGCCAAGGCCGCCUGGACGGCGCAUUCUGUGAAUUUACCGAGGCUGACAAAAUGGAAUACCUCACGAAGCUACAGAAGGCUGGCGUAGUGAACAUCGAGAUGGAGAGCCUCUGCUUUGCCGCUCUAACACAUCACGCCGGUAUUCAGUCCGCUGUCGUGUGCGUGACGCUGUUGGACCGCCUCAAAGGCGACCAGGUUUUAGCACCCAAAGAGGUGUUAGAAGAAUGGCAGAUGCGACCGCAGAAGCUGAUCGCACGCUACAUCACCACGUACCUUCAGCGUAAGGGCCGCCUCUCUCUCGAGGGUUCACAUGGUUCCAUGUACGUGAAGAGUCCGCGCCGAUUCAAACUGGUGCAGCAGGAAUCUGAGAAUUACGAUUAAAUGAUUCUCAAACGAACCCGAAUGUGCGGCCACGAAGAUCUCCCGAGAUGCAAUCGGACACGUCGUCAUUGGCUCGACUACGAGAUCGAAUAUACUUACGCCGCUCAAGCUGCUGUAUUCGUUUAUUUGUUCGCGAAAAGUUGAUUAAUUCGCGAAGAAAGUUGCGUGAUAACAGAGUAUUGAAGUACAGAAGAGACAAAGGAUUUGAGCACAGGAAUUUAGAUUUGAACAAUUCCCAUAUCAUGCACUACAAUAGAAUAUUUUUGACGUCUCUUGACAAACGCAAUUAUUGUAAACGUUUUAUUUCCGUGCAUAAUAUUUAAAUUGUUCAAAUCUGUUUCUUCGUUAAUUAAAUCUUCCCUUAGAUAGAUUCCCACUUGAAAUAUUAAAAAAAAAGCAAAUUUUAUGAAUGUGUGAGAAUACUUCCGAGAACAGUUGACUUGUAAUAGUUAAAUUGCGCAGACUUGCCUUGCAUUCUAGACUGCGUUCCGUUAUUCACUGCGAGUAUUGAAAAUCUAUAAUUUAUGUUACACAAAUAUACUACAGAUUUUCAGUAGUCACAGUAAAUAAUGAAACGCAGCUUUAAAUAUCCGUGCGUAUGUCAAUUUUAUUAAAUAUUCAAUCGGAUUUCAAAUUAGAUUUAUUUUAUCGACAAGUUCCCGUACCCUGCGUUCAGUAGAUUAUUAAUAAUAAUCGUAAUUAAGAGCCAUACAGUUCCUCGCAUUGCGAGAAAGCACGCCGCCGUUGCGCACACCACGAGAACGUGUUAAUUCCUGAGACCUCAGAAAAUUAAUCAAUACCGAAGCGACCGCCAAAGUUCCAUUGUUCGUUUCGUGAUCCAAGUACAAAAUGUGCAGAAAUUUACUACGAACUGCGCUCGAAAACAAUGCACAUUUUUCAUGACCACAUAUCUUUCGAGACCGAAUUGCAUUAUUCUUGGUCAACGUGAUCUUUGAUCGUAAUUAAAAAUUUGUCGAUCUGCAAUAUCAAAUGCAAUUGAAUCGUUAACUUAAAUUCUCACUGUUCAGAAGAUCAAUAAGGAGUACUCGAUAAACCCAAAAUGUACAGAAUUACGAUCGCUGCCAUGAAAUAAGUAAAUUAUUAUAUUUGAAAGGCGUUAGUCAAAAUGGUGCAAUCGGUCUCGCAUAGUUCUGUAGAGAUUUAAUUUUAGGAUUCGCUGGCAAGAACACUGCAAUACGCGUUUACGCAUCCUCCGAUUAAAUGCACGACAUUUGGAUGACUUUUUUUCUUUUUCUCGUUAAACGAGCGAUGAUUCUCUCGUAAAUCUUCAGGGAUUUGUAUUGAGAAAUUAGAGACGAAAUCCGCUAACGGACCUAUUACUCGUUUAUUACAACGUUUGCGUGUUGUGUCGAGAGCAGUUUCGAGAGAACUUGUAAAUUUAGCUGCGCGUCCGCCGGCGUGUGACGUAUGCACUCGGUGACGUGGAAUCUAUGUAUUAGCACUCUUAGCAGUUUGGUAGAGAAGCACAUUCCAUAUAUAAAACAAUUAUAUACAUAUAUAUAAAUAUAGUCAAACAACUAGCGCGUUUUCGUUCGACUGUUACCCGUAACGUGGGUGGAGACUAUGUAUACAUAUGUACACAUACACGCGAUAUACAUAUAGAUGUCGGAAUACAUUCGCGAUCAUACCCUAAGCUGCAUGGAGAUUGGAUUAGGAAUUACAAUAAAAGUAACGUUUCAACAGA